GACGGCUCGGUAUCAUGCACGCCUCGUCUCUCGCACUUCUCUGUCUCCUCCUGCUCCAUUCAUCUCUGCAGCAAAGUGGAGAUUUCCCCGGGGAAGCAGAUUAUGAAGAUCAUGAACUUGAAGCAGACUUUGCCUGUUUUUCUAAGAUUCUUAUGUCGAAUGUCAGGCUUUUAUGUAAUGUUACAAAGUUACCUCUGACAGCACAGAAUAUUACUUUUGAAGUUGGAGGUAAAUCCAAAACCUGGAGUGAAAACAAACAUGUUGAGUUUAGUCUUUUGCAUUUGAAAGAAUAUAAGGUGUGCAUGGUCUGGGAGAAGCCGCAUUGUAAAAAUAUCUACAUGCCGAAAAUAGCAAUUCCUGACAGUCCAUUCAAUGUAACUAUUAGCUAUGAUAAAACAUCAGAAGAAUUCCUGUUUCAAAUAGCUUUGAGAUAUGGUCGUUUGGAAUAUCUUGUCAAAAACACAAUGUACCAUGAGAUUGUUCUGCGCAAGGAAGGCACGCCAUGGCCAGACUGUAAGGAUAAACCAUACGACGUUAAACACUACAAGGUGUGUUUUAAAACAACAGACGACUUGUUCUACGUUUCGAGGAGAAAUCUUGAAUAUUCGACAACGUAUGAGGCAAGAGUGAGAUCGAUCCCUACAGGGGAUUUCUUUGAUGGCUUCUGGAGCCCGUGGAGUGAAGUGACCACGUUCCAAACAGAGAUGGACAAGGGGGAUCAGACUUCUACUAAAGGGGAUCAGACUUCUACUAAAGGGGAUCAGACUUCUACUAAAGGGGAUCAGACUUCUACUAUACAAAUGGCUUUAAGUAUAAGCAUCCCUUUUUUCUUGCUUAUUAAAGUUAUAUUAAUUGCCGUUUUUUGGAAAAGCAGAAUUAAACCUUUCAUUUGGCCAGAAAUUCCAAAUCAUAAAAAAACGCUGGAGAAGUUUUGUAACAAGCCAAAACAGAACUUGCACAUAAGCUUCAAUCCUGACUACUAUGAGAACAUUCCCAUACAUAAAAUAGAUUAUAUCAAGGCAAAAGAGAUUCCAGAAGAUUUUCAUGAGAUUGGCACCAGAACCAGCAGCAUGGAGAAACUGUCUGUCCAUACUGGUAAUACCCUUUUGCCUCCUGCAGAGGGCAGCAGAGGACCUUCUACUAAUAACACUGGUCAAUGUACGAAUCCUGGUGAAAAUGCUUCACUAGAUCCUCCUAAUUCCGGAUUUGUCACACUGCUACCUGGCGAAGGCGUCUUUGAGAAAUGCAACCCAUCAAACGGCAGCAAUGGGAUCAUGUCGGGGUCCGCAAAACAUUCAGGAAAUGGAUUAACAGGUCUAUGCUGGGAAGAUAUUUAUAUAGCUAUGUCUGCCUUCAAGACGCCCAGCAAUGCCGUAAAGCAAGUCCCUAAAAAUGCUUUCUAAUGCUUCAAAAAGGGACCACAGUAUAGUAUAUGAACUGUAGUACUCAUGCUUGGUGAAGUACUACUCCAUAGUACCACAAGGGGGAGCUAUUUGUGGCAAUUUCCAUCAAUUAUACAAUGUAUAGCAAUGCAUGGCCUAUAGACCGACACUGUAUCCAGCCAUGAUACAUGGCGUUUCCAGUUACACAUCC